AUGCGCUUCAAUAUCGCCACUCUCGUCCUCGCCUCGGGGUUCGCCUCAGCUACAGGCACAGCUCAUGUGGCCAAUAAUACCUACAUCCAGACCUUGCAACAACAGAAUCUAGAUAUCGUCCGGCAGCUCCCACAGAUGUGUAGUCUCGCUGCUUGUCUCAACUUGACAGCCCAGAUUAUGUGUAUUGCUAAUGCCAUUAUCAAUGGUGAUCCGGCUGCUCUGCAGAAGUGCCUAACGACUUCCAUGAGUCAGAUCUGCUCAUGUGUUGCUUGUGUUCCAGCGGUUGAGAAUGUGCUUGCUGCGCUCGGUAUCUGUCCAGUUUCGAAUGAUGAUGACGACGAUGAGCCUUCUUCUGGGUAA